AUGAUUCAUAUCACCAAGCGUUCUCCUCUUCAGGAACGAUAUUCGGCAUAUGUUCAGUUUUUUAAGCGUCCAGACCUCGAUCACUGGUAUUUGCGACAAGGCUUGGGUGAAUUAAUUCUUGAAGAUGCUAUUCCGAAUUCAGAAAUAAUCACAUCUGCCCUUGAGGGCUGUCGAAAACACAAGACCAAUGCAAUGGGUGCUGACGUAUGGCCUUGGCUGUUAUCCCAGAUUCAGCCUGUCCUUGAUAAACACGGUAUUCCUACACCGGAACAGCUUGGAUACGACAAGCCUGAAUUAGCAGCUCCGGAAGACGGCUAUUACUGA